AUGUUGAAAGACAUAGAUAAAAUCAUAUGUGCCGAAAUCCCGGAUAAGAUAACUGACCGAAAAAUGUACGAUUUGGUGGAGAAGUAUAUGAUUCAUGGCCUGUAUGGUUUGGCCAAUCAAAACUCUCCAUGCAUGAAGGACGGAAUUUGCACGAAGCGAUUUUCAAAGAGUUUUUUCAACCGUAUUGAGGACGAUGCGGAUGGUUAUCCGAUGUAUAGAAAAAAAGAAAAUGAGAGGACCGUGGUUAAGAAGAAAACGUUUCUCGACAACGUCUUUGUCGUGUCGUAUAACCGUGUUCUACUCAAAAAGUACAGAGCACACAUUAAUGUCAAUUUGUGCAACAAAAAUAAGUCGAUAAAGUAUUUUCUCAACUACGUCAACAAAGGACACGAUCGGGUCACAAAGGCAUUUUAUCAAUCAAAUAAUCUUGGUGCAAGUCCUGAAAGUCAUGAUGAGAUAAAGAUGUACUACGACUGCAGAUAUCUUUCGCCAUGCGAGGCUGCUUGGAGGUUAUUUAGCUUUGACAUUCACUUUAGAGACCCACCGACCGACUGCGAAGCAAACGAUGUUCCUGGCUUGGUUCCAUGCAAUAAGUUGUACCCCGAAGCUAGAAAUUUGUGGUAUGGAGAGUUUCCACAGAAAUUUUUCUAUAAGGAAAAAGCUCGACGUUGGAUGCCGAGAAAGAUAGGAUUCUCGAUAGUAAGAAUUACGAAUGUACCACCGGGCAGGGGUGAAAACUAUUACUUGAGACUGUUGCUAAACUUUCAAAGAGGUUGCACGUGUUACGAUGAUCUUAGGAGAAUUGAGGAUCACGUCUACACAAUUUUUAAAGAUGCGUGUUUUGCGCUUGGACUGUUAGACGACAACAAUGAGUACAUUGCUAGCAUAAAGGAAGCAAAAGAGUGGGCCAACCAUCACUUUAACGGAAUAUGUGUGGGAGUGUUGUUGGAAGAAAUUCGCGGAGGACAUUGCGUACAGACUACCAAUUCAGGUCCACCUGUGUCCGACGAUGCUCCGAGAAACUACGUUUUGAUCGAAAUUGAAAACAUAUUACAAAGCAACAUCAAAAGUUUGAGUAACUUUCCCCCAAUGUCGAUCCCGAUUGGGUCGAUGAUGGACACCACGGUAAACAAAUUGGCUAUCGACGAUUUGGACUAUGACGUGGAUGCAAUGCAGCUGGACUGUUCUUUCUUUAUGAGCAUGGAGGAACGAGAAAGACUUUCAUAUGGAAAACUUUAUCGGCUGCUAUCCGUUCAAAAGGCGAAAUAG